UGACUGCUCACCGCAACAUCAGGCUUCCAGGAACUGUCUUGAAUAGUGAAUGAAAAGUUUAUAAACAAGAGAGUGACUGAUGAGAUUUUACGGCCGUUAACCUCACGUCUUUUUCAGAUUGGUUAAAUUACAUUUUGCACUAUGGCUGGAGAUGGAACUACAAUAAAAAAUCGGAUAACAAAUUUCCUACGUUCUCCCUCUAUCAAACUGAAAAGGAGUCGUACAAAGGAAAACCUUACAAAGAAGGUGACCCUUGAGAUGGUGCUGGGGCUAACCACCUCUGGGAACAGUGGCCUGACCUGUGACCCCAACACUGGCCUGGUGGCGUACCCAGCAGGGUGUGUGGUUGUUCUGCUGAACCCAAAGAAGAACAAACAGCAGCACAUCCUCAACACAUCCAGGAAAGCCAUCACCACUCUAGCCUUCUCCUCAGAUGGCAAGUACCUGGUCACUGGAGAGUGUGGGCACCUACCUGCGGUGCGUGUGUGGGACGUGUGUGAGGGCUCCCAGGUGGCAGAGCUGCAGGGACACAAAUAUGGCGUCUCCUGCGUGACCUUCUCCCCCAACAGCAAGUACAUCGUCAGCGUGGGCUACCAGCACGACAUGAUCGUCAACGUCUGGGCCUGGAAGAAAAAUGUUGUGGUGGCUGCUAAUAAGGUGUCCAGUAAAGUGACGGCAGUGGCCUUCUCCGAGGACAACUCCUACUUUGUGACGGCGGGAAACAGACAUGUCCGCUUCUGGUACCUGGAUCACUCCGGCUCUGCCAAGGUGGACGGCCCCGCCCCCUUACAGGGUCGGUCGGGCCUUCUCGGGGAGCUCCAGAACAACUUCUUCUGUGAUGUGGCUUGCGGCCGUGGCAGCCAAUCAGGAAGCACCUUCUGCAUCACUUCCUCCGGCCUGCUGUGUCAGUUCAACGAGAGGAGGAUGCUGGAGAAGUGGGUGGACCUCAGGACGUCCAUGGCCAGGUCCCUGUGUGUGACAGCGGAUCUGAUCUUCUGUGCGUGUGCAGAGGGCACGGUGCGCGCCUUCAACCCUGUGGACCUUCGCUUUCUGGGCACCCUGCCGCGACCACAUCACCUGGGCACAGAUGUGGCGGCCAUCACCCAACCCAGCCACCUGUUCUCUGCCCAGCCGGAUGCACGGUACCCGGACUCUGUGGCAUUGACCUUCGACCCUGAGAAUGGCUGGCUGUCGUGUGUGUAUAAUGACCACAGCCUGUACGUGUGGGACGUAAUGGACCUGCAGUGCGUGGGGAAGGUCUUCUCUGCCCUAUACCACUCCGCCUCUGUCUGGGACCUGCAGGUGUAUCCACACAGUGCCGACUCCUCUGGAUCGUCGCCCAGCUCCGUCUCCUUCAUGACCUGCUCUGCUGACAACACCAUCCGACUCUGGCAUUCCGACGGACAGCGCUCUGUCUCCAAUGGCAACAUCCUUAGCAACGACCUGCUGAAUGUGAUUUAUGUGGAGAACAGCAGCGCCGCCCUGCUGGACACAGACAUGUGCUGCCCCUCUGUGGUGGAGAAGCAGGACGGCGUGGCUCCGGAGGUUAAGACUGGCAUCCGCACCAUCUGUGUCAGUCCAGAUGGCAAACAUCUGGCCUCAGGCGACCGCACUGGCACACUCAGGGUGCAUGAUCUGAGCAGCAUGGAGGAGGUCCUGAAGGUUGGGGCUCACGAUGCUGAGAUCCUCUGUCUGGAGUACUCGAAACCUGAGACUGGUCUGCAGCUGUUGGCGACUGCGGGUAGAGACCGUCUCCUCCAGGUGCUGGAUGCGGGUGAAGACUACAGGCUGCUGCAGACGCUUGAUGAGCACUCGUCUUCCAUCACUGCUGUACGCUUCGCUGCCACUGAUGGGAAGGUGAAACUGAUCAGCUGUGGGGCUGACAAGAGCAUCUACUUCAGGACAGCCCACAGGACACUCAGAGGAACGGAGUUCAAGCGUACUCAUCAUGUGGUGAGGAAGACCAGCCUUGCUGAUAUGGAUGUGGACCCCUCCUGCAAAUACGCAGCUGUGGGAUGUCAGGAUCGCAGCAUCAGGAUUUUCAACAUCAGCAAUGGCAAGCAGAAGAAGUCCUACAAGGGCUCCCAAGGCCUGGAUGGCAGCCUGCUGAAGGUCCAGACGGAUCCUUCAGGGCUCUAUGUGGCCACUAGCUGCUCUGAUAAGAACAUUGGCCUGUAUGACUUCCACUCAGGAGAGUGCCUGGCAACCAUGUUUGGUCACUCAGAAAUUGUAACAGGCAUAAAGUUCACCAGUGACUGUAGGCAUCUGAUCUCUGUGUCUGGAGACAGCUGUAUCAUGGUGUGGCGUCUGGCUCCUGAGCUGACUCUCAACAUGCGGGAUCACAUUGCCCAGCGCAAGCAGACACAGACUGGCACAGCGGGUACAGCGGGCAAGGCUCAUAGAGUCAGGCAGAAGCUGCAGAGAGCUCCAAAACUGAUGGGUUAUCAGGACUCAGACAGUGAGAAGGAGGAGGAAGAGGAGGAAGAAGAGAAGGAAGAUGAAGGGAUGAUGCUGCACACGGGAGAAGAUGCAAGGGAGAAGGGGUCAAGAAAUCAGAUAGACGAGAGCGGUGUAGGGGAAGACAUGGGGGCUUCAGAUAGUGCUGCUGAGUGGGAUCCCAUCCAGGUCCAGAUGGGUCGAGAGCAAUCUCCCCAGUCUGCUGGUCCAGUAGAUGUCCAAGCCCGUCCUCGCCGGCGCUGGUCCUGUCGGGUCAGCUCCAUGGAGCUGGUGGUCCAUUCUAUGCUGGAGCUCAGGCAGCUGGACCUGCAGCACGUCCAGGAGAAGAGCUCAGAAGCCCAGCACAUUACUCCAGACCAGAAAGGGGCAGCGGGUCCUGAGGGUCGUGUAAAGAUGCGCAGACCCCGCCCCCACUCCACCUGGUUGGCUCCUGCGGUGACCCCUGAACCCGAGGGGGUGGUUCUGUACCCUGACCAGCAGUGGGGCGGUGGAGGCCUGGAGGGCCCUGAGUUCCAGGUGAGGGGGGGUCACAGACACAGCCAGGACUCCCAGGGGUCCCGGUGGUCCUACAGCCGAAGCCGAGGCAGUGCGGGGUCCCUGGGCUACUGCAGCGGGGUGUCCAGCCCUGAGCACAGGAAUGUCGACUCUGAGAGCCUUGAGGGCCUCAGCACAGACGCGGACGAGUCGAACACUGAGGACGAGGAAGAGGAGGAGGAGGAGGAUGAAGAUGGAAAGGAGGCUAAGGCGUUCCUUCAGGCCCGCUUUGAGACUUUAUCAGACCUCCGAAGCAGCGCAGGAAGCCUUGGGCGAGCCAUGCACAGGCCACUGCAGAAGACUACAGUCUCUACUCGCUUCUUAGCUAAGGGCCAAAACACCAGGUACGCUCUACACACACGCUCCCUCAGAGUCCACACCCCUGUCUCUCGCAUCCCGCGGCUGAGGGAUGAGAGCCCAAGUGUUGCCGUGCAACCCCUCAUCUCCGCCGUACGCCCCCUGGUGGCAGACGAUGGCCAGCACAGGAGCUCGGAGGACAAACCCGAUGCCCUGAGAGAGAGGGGCACUGUGCCCGGGCCCGUCCCAUGCGUCGGAGAGCCGUCACACCGUCUAAGUCUGAGGAAAGACCUUCGCCUCCCUCCUCCCUCCCCCCAGCGCAGCCCCUCCUCUCCCGCUCCUCCUCCCGUCUCACACAGUGACCCCCCCUGGCUCCUCCACCUCCUCGCUCCAGGCCUGGAGGUCCCGCUCCUACAUGAGCCCCACACCAGCUCCAAGGCCAAGGUGUGCCGCUCCGUGUCCGUCGGAGAGGGUCUCAACACGGGCAGCGGCGCCGGCCGAGGUUGA